AAAAGAAAAAAACAAAAACGCACUAUCAGUGACAAACGCAGAGACCCGCUCUCCUUUCUUCCCAUGGCGGCCACACCAGUUGUUCUUCUUAUCACUCUCCCUUCUGACAAUCCACCGCCACCUCAGCCUUCUCUACACCAAAUUACAUUGCUGAGCCCUUUCCCUUUCUUGAUGUUCCUCACUUUUUCGGUUCUGAUUUUCACUCUCUGCGCGAUUUGGAAGAGUUCUAGCCGCGUCAGUGGCGGCGAAGAGCAGCGCAGCCCCGUAAAAAUCGAGUCUUUAGCCUUGAACGACGAUGGGAAGGCAGACCCACAACAGAAACGAGAAAAGGGAUGCGAGCCCGGCCCGGAAAAUUUGGCCCGUUUGCUGCUCCUCGAGAUCUUGCCCUCGGGCUCGACAAAAUGGGACACCCUUUUCAGCGAUCGCGAGGAAUUUGGGGAUGGGCCGGGUGGGGAAAUAAGGUCGGGCCAGGAGGAGGAGGAGGAGGAGAAGAAGGUGAGGAGGAAGCGGGCUAGGAAGAAGAAGCCCGGCCCGAAUGAAGAGGAGAGGAAGGAUAAAGAGGAGUUUGUUUGUUUGUAUCCGUUCACGAAAUCUUGUAGUGUUGGACAGUUUGUCAAUUGUCUUGUUGAGGCAAGAAAUGAGCUCCAGAAUAAGUCUGAGGUCAUCAAAAGGAAAUUCACAAUUAUAAAGGCCCUACUAUUUAAGGCAGACAGGUCAUCGUUUGACCGGCUUCGUCAACAGAUAUACAAGCUAGAAUUAGAGCAGAAGAGGUUAGAAGAGGAUGCUUUCGUGUAUAACUGGCUUCAAGAACAGUUUAAGGCCUCUCCAGCAUACAAAAAGAUGUUGGAAAUCAGUGCGUGUAUGGAGACAAAGGCAAAAUCGAGCAGCCUUGGGAAGAGUACAGAUGAUGAAUUUUGUGAUAUAUCGUUCGAAGAAUUACUUGCACAAGAAAAGAAGGAUGCGUUUUGGCAAAGAAAUGGGAAGCUCAAGUCAUGCUCUGGUUGAAAGGCAAACUUUUUAGCUGAUUUUGUCUGAUUUACUACUAAUAAUAAUAUAUAUAUAUUAUGUACAUCAGAAUUUUUUUAUGCUUAUAAG